CCAUCUCCCUCCACCAUUUCCAUCUUCGCCUCCUCGAACACCCAGAAGAAACCAGCAUCUUUGAUCUACCGUUGUUGACCCCGCCGGAGAGCGAUUAACAUAUAAAUUAAAACAUCAAAAACCGGCACAAUGGCAACCAACAUAACCUGGCACCCGUCGCUGUCGCGCAGCGAGCGCGCCGCCUACCGGGGGCAGCGGGGGCUGACGCUGUGGUUCACGGGGCUGUCGGCGUCGGGGAAGUCGACGGUGGCGGUGGCGCUGGAGCAGCACCUGCUGCACCUGGGGGUGGCGGCGUACCGGCUGGACGGGGACAACGUGCGGUUCGGGCUGAACAAGGACCUGGGGUUCUCGGACGGGGACCGGGCGGAGAACAUCCGGCGGGUGGCCGAGGUGGCGCGGCUGUUCGCGGACGCGGCGGUGGUGGCCAUCGCGUCCUUCAUCUCGCCGUUCCGCGCGGACCGCGAGCUCGCCCGCGCGCUGCACGCGAGCCACGAGCACGACGCCGACGGCCCGCUCCCCUUCGUCGAGGUCUUCGUCGACGUGCCCCUCGCCGUCGCCGAGGCCCGCGACCCCAAGGGCCUCUACCGCCGCGCCCGCGCCGGCGAGGUCAAGCACUUCACCGGCAUCGACUCCCCCUACGAGCCCCCCGAGAACCCCGACAUCGUCCUCCGCACCGACCAGGCCUCCGUCGAGGACUGCGUCGCCCAGGUCGUCCGCUGGCUCGAGGACCGCGGCCUCAUCCCCGCCGGCAAGACCCCCGUCGCCGACGUCCCGCCCGCCCCCUAAGCCGGCCCCCCCCGGCGGGGGCCGGUUGGCUAGCUAGCUAGCUAGCCGCGGGGCAAUGUCGCCCCGUAGGGUUGGGCGUUAGUAG